UUCAUAAGUUAUAACACAAGUGUCACACUUCUUUUCACAGCAACCGAAGGGCAGGAGUUAGUUUGGCUAAAGCUCUCAGGACAUUAUAAUGGCUUUAGUAUUUAGAACUGUGGCUCAACUAGCUGGAGUUUCAUUAUCUUUGCUGGGAUGGGUUUUAUCCUGUCUUACAAACUACCUGCCACACUGGAAGAACCUCAACCUGGCCUUAAAUGAAAUGGAAAACUGGACCAUGGGACUCUGGCAAACCUGUGUCAUCCAAGAGGCAGUGGGGAUGCAAUGCAAGGACUUUGACUCCUUCCUGGCUUUGCCUGCUGAACUCAGGGUCUCCAGGAUCUUAAUGUUUCUGUCGAAUGGGCUGGGAUUUCUGGGCCUGCUGGUCUCUGGGUUUGGCCUGGACUGUUUGAGAACUGGAGAGAGUCAGAGAGAUCUCAAGAGGCGACUGCUGAUCCUGGGAGGAAUUCUGUCCUGGGCCUCGGGAGUCACAGCCCUGGUUCCCGUCUCUUGGGUUGCCCACAAGACGGUUCAGGAGUUCUGGGAUGAGCACGUCCCAGACUUUGUCCCCAGGUGGGAGUUUGGGGAGGCCCUGUUUCUGGGCUGGUUUGCUGGACUUUCUCUUCUGCUAGGAGGGUGUCUGCUCCACUGUGCAGCCUGCUCCAGCCACGCUCCCCUAGCUUCGGGCCACUAUGCAGUGGCGCAAACACAAGAUCAUCAUCAAGAACUGGAGACGAGAAACACCAACCUGAAACACUAAGCCAGAAAGGACAAGCGUCUGCUGUUCAGGAGACGCUUGCUCAACACUGGAUUUGGUAGGAUGUCCCGCUCUAGUCAUCUCACUGUGCUUUUGAUUUUUGAAAAUGCAUUUUUUCCUGUGGCUAUUAAACUAUAGUUUCUUUCCAAGACUGGUAAACCAUUUUUAUCUUCUAGUCUGAGACCAAAAUCAAUCAAGACUGAAUAGUAAUGACACCCAUUACUGUGGAUGAGUUUUCUCAAUUUUAAAAUAGCGAUUGCACAGAAGUGGUAAAUAAAACAUUAAUCUCUAUGUAUCUUUGAAGGUAUUAUUCAUAUGGAGCGGAAUCAUUUGGCAAAUCAUUUACUUCUUUCAGGUGUUUAAGAUAACCUAGUAUAAUAAGCCUGAGGUCUUGUUGCAUAUUUAUUUAAAAUGCAUGACGUCUUAUUAUAUAAAAUAAUUACUAGCUCUUUAGAAGCUUCAGAGGUGAAAGGUGUAGACACAUCAUCUCCUUCUGAAUCAGACACCUCAGUGUCUCUAUGGAACCUUUUUCAAAAGGCAGCCACAUUCAGUCACGCCUUCUAUACUGUCAGAGGCAGGAGGGCGAUCUUGGGUUUUGGAUGAUUCAAGUAGACUCUGCCACACAAACGUGCUUCUGCAUCCUGUGUUCUGUAUUUCACGGGCAGCGUUUCUGGCUUCCCUGGCACUGAGCAGCCUGUGGGGGGCACGGCAGGGCAGGACUGGGGUGUGUGGGUAGAGAACCUCCUGGGACGGCUGCCUCUCCGUGGAGCACACUGCCAGCCCAGGCGCAGCGACCACAGAGCACAUAUUCUGGAGCCCUUCAUUUUAUUUGCUCAAUGAAAAUACUUUGUCCUUUUUUAUCAGCAAUACAUAUAGUUCCAACAAGAACUAUUCAUCACAAACUGCCAGCCUGGGGAUUUCUUCAUGAAAUAUUUUGUAUUUGCUUGGUACAUGGUUCAAGGAAACUCUUGUGUUUGUGCCAAUCAGGGAAAUAAACUGAACAAUAAACGACACUGAAAUAGAGUAUUAGGCAAUAUGUAGCUUUGUUUUUGUUUUUUUUUUUUUUAAAAACCACUGAAUUUUUUUCCACCCACAA